AACGAGUAUACAUUUCCUCUUGACUUCAUGUUGAGGUGGCAAUUCAGUAGUAACUUUCAACAAUACCUUUUUAACUCCAAACUAUAUCUCUGGAGAAGCGACCCACACGUCUCACACCAAUCAUGGCUUCCCCACCACCUCGACCCCUCCUCCUUGAACCAGCAACAGAAGCCGACAUCCCCACUCUCGCUAGCAUCUUAGUAGCCGCCCUAUUUCCCGAACCCACCAUGGCCUUCUUCUUCCCCAGCUGGCCCUCCACAUCUGGCAUGACUCGCUUCUACACCGCGCGCCUAACCGCCAAAUUCCACGACCCCGAUUCCGAACUCCUGAAACUCACGUACGGAGACGAAAUCGUAGGCUUGGGAAGUAUAACGCUUAAAGAGGGAGAAACGAAGGAGUACAGCAAGGCGGCACCGAUGAAGGGCUUCGAUCCGGAGUUUGCGUGGGCGUCUGGCGAGUGCUUUCGCAAGACAGAGGGGCUGAUGCUGGGGAGAAAGAGCUAUUGUAUUCUCCCAGGACCGACUUCCUGCUCAAGUUUCUGACUCACUGGAUAAUAGGGCUCACAUCCUGUGCU